GUGAGUUCCAGUCCCAUGUCAGAAGCCCAGAGGUGCAGCGACUUCACAAGGAAGCAAGAUCUUGAACUUGACUUGCUCUCACAUGUCCAAGUCUCGGUUUUCAUCCCGCCUUUGUACCUGGCUAAGCUGUCAUCAGUGGGCAGCAUCUCCGAGGAGGAGACAUGCGAGAAGCUCAAGGGCUUGAUCCAGAGGCAGGUGCAGAUGUGCAAGCGGAACCUGGAGGUGAUGGACUCGGUGCGCCGUGGCGCCCAGCUGGCCAUCGAGGAGUGCCAGUAUCAGUUCCGGAACCGACGCUGGAACUGCUCCACACUAGACUCCCUGCCUGUUUUUGGCAAGGUGGUGACACAAGGGACUCGGGAGGCGGCCUUCGUGUACGCCAUCUCCUCAGCGGGUGUGGCCUUCGCAGUGACGAGGGCAUGCAGCAGUGGUGAGCUGGAAAAGUGCGGCUGUGAUCGGACAGUGCACGGGGUCAGCCCACAGGGCUUCCAGUGGUCAGGAUGCUCAGACAACAUUGCCUAUGGCGUGGCCUUCUCCCAGUCCUUUGUGGACGUACGGGAGAGAAGCAAGGGGGCCUCCUCCAGCCGGGCCCUCAUGAACCUCCACAACAACGAGGCUGGCAGGAAGGCCAUCUUGACACACAUGCGGGUGGAGUGCAAGUGCCACGGGGUGUCCGGCUCCUGCGAGGUGAAGACAUGCUGGCGAGCUGUACCACCCUUCCGCCAGGUGGGCCACGCACUGAAGGAGAAAUUUGAUGGUGCCACUGAGGUUGAGCCACGCCGUGUGGGCUCCUCCAGGGCACUGGUCCCACGUAACGCACAGUUCAAGCCACAUACAGAUGAGGACCUGGUAUACCUGGAGCCCAGCCCAGACUUCUGUGAGCAGGACAUACGCAGCGGCGUGCUGGGCACCAGGGGCCGCACGUGCAACAAGACAUCCAAGGCCAUCGACGGCUGUGAGCUGCUGUGCUGUGGCCGGGGCUUCCACACGGCGCAGGUAGAGCUGGCCGAACGCUGCAGCUGCAAAUUCCACUGGUGCUGCUUUGUGAAGUGCCGGCAGUGCCAGCGGCUUGUAGAGUUGCACACGUGCCGGUGACUGUGUCUGGCCGCCGCCCAACCACCACCUAAGCGGCCCAGGGAAGGCCAAUAAUUUAAAACAGUCUCCCACCACCUCCCCCAAGAGAUACUGGUUGUAUUUUUUGUUUUGGUUUGGUUUUUGGGUCCUCAUGUUAUUUAUUGCCAAAACAGGCAGGUGACCCCAAGGGCACCAACCAGGGCCUCCCCAAAGCCUGAGCUUUGUGGCUGCCACUGACCAAAGGGACUUUGUUCAUGCCUCUGGCUGUCUAUAUGCAGCCAUUGCUGACCACUAGGCUGUUAUCAAUGUCCACUUUUCUACUUGCAGACUAAAAAGUGGGUAACAAGGUGUAACUACAGACCCCACCAUACAGGGAAAGAGAUGGCCCUGUGGCAGGGACAACAGGUGCCAUCUUGAUGGAAUUCACAUCGCCUGGAAUAAAGAGUUUGCUACUCUCCACUCUACACAUACACAGGGACCUUGGUAACCCUGCCUCUUGAACUCUUAGAAAGGAAAUAGGCAGGCUUCAACUCUCACAUGGGCAGCUAAUGUUCAGCCUUGGUGGCACCUUCCAGGCAGGAAUACAUGUGUGGUGAGGUUGAGAAAGCAUAGUCCCCACCCCCAGAGCCCAACCUGCCUCAGCCUUCCUAUUGGAAGGGGAAAGUGCCUCCACUCCUCAGUUCCUCCUAGGCAGGAGGUUAGGCUGCCAUCCUGUAUCAGAUCCCAGUUUGGGCCUAGCAAGUCCCACCUCUGUGUGAGUCAGCCCUCUCAGUGCUGUAAAAGUGAGAAUGGAAGUGUUGCACAGAGCGACAGGAACGGGCUGUGCAGAGACUCCUACCCUCAUCCUCUUAUCUUGCUCACUUAAAAUUUACUGAGCAAACACUGUGUCCAGGCCCUAUACUGUCCAUCUCCACUGACCAUAGCAGUUCUGGGAACAAACAGCAAGGUGCAUGCCCUCCUUAUAGCAGGCAGCCAUGCCCACCAGCCCCACAAGAGCUAGGCAGAGGCAGAGCCAAAGGCACAGAUGUUGCAGGUCUCCUUGGGGAUGAGCCUUAGGAAAGGGGCUCCGGCUAGAAGAGGAGGGAGGAGCAAGAGCUAGAAGCUGCAGGCUAGACAAGCCAUAAGUGCAGAGGGAGCAAGGCUGAGGGAAGAGGGCAAGCCUGAAAGGCUCACUCAUGAGUCUCAGUAGCUACGGCACCUCUUUCUGGGACCUCAGGUAUCAAGAGCACUGCAAAAGGAUUCCCCAAGACACAGCACUGUGCCUGACCUUGUGCACCAACCGAAGUGCCAAGACCCCAGCCCAGCUCUCUGUGAACACACAGACCCAAUGGCUUUUCAGUUGGGUUCCCAGCCCUCAGAGGCAUCCACUGCCAACCUGAUCACCAAGCUACCCCAGUGCGGUGUCUCCAGGUUUGAGGUUCUGGGCUUAAGGAUCACCCUUGGGGCUCCAAACUCCCAAGCUCUUGGCUCCUGAGUUGUCUGAAGGCAAAAUCCCAGAUACAAAAUAAGGGUUCAGGCCUGCAGAAACUCUCUUCUGGGUCUGUGGUUUAUGCAUCCUGGCGCUGGCUACUUCACAAAGAGGGUCAACACCCUUGGCCCCCAGCCAAGCUCUCUGCUCACUGUCCAUCCAUGGAGAAGGCCAAAACCAAGCAAGAUGCUGGAUCAACAUUCAAAUGUGGGCAUAAUCUUGGGCAGGCUGUCUCUGAUGUGGACGAAAGCUGAGCUGACCAAGGGUCUCCACAGCUGCCCAGCUGGGUUCUCUGCUCCUCUGGUGUUUAGUUCAGCUGCCUGCCCAGCACGAGGGAGAACACUUCCUCUCUCCAGCACAGCCAGGCCCACAGCAAACAGUGGAGUUUCCUCCUCCAGAGACAGUGCUGAGCCUUUCCCCACUCAGGGCAACCGUGAGUCUAGGCUGCUUGCUGGUUUGAUGGACACUGUCCUAGGAAGAAGGUAGGUACCAAAGCUCCUCCAAGAUCCUCCUAGGCUCUGUUGUGUAUGAAUGACCAAGGUCCAUCAGACCACAUACUAGGAACCAUUGCCAAGGCCAAAGGGAUCCACAGGAAGGAGCCUCCCUGGACUUGUCCAUCUCCAAAAUGUCUCCAGUAAAAAGAGAAGCUGGCACAGUCCUGACAUAAUCCACCACUCUUGGUCAAAUAGGGCCUAGGAAACUGAGCAAGUCCACAACCUGCCUGAACCACUCUUCACUGUUCUUGUUGCAAAGCAAAAGUGGUAUCCUCUGAAGCCUAGGGCUGGAUGAACCCAGCUCUGGAUGCUGCUACCCCACCCCAUUCCCCAGUUUUUAUACAAGGCUCAAUGCCAUUGUGACAUCCCCAUGACAUAGCCUGAUGCACGAUAAAAUGAUUAUUUCUUUA